AUUGCUAAAUUUAGCACAUGACCGUAUGAUUUAAGGGUGUAGGUAUAAAAGAAACAACCAUGGCAGAGGGAGGAUAUUGUUCACCUGAAGUAGAAGUUGACACAUCUGGUAUUAUUACAGACUUGCAGCAGUCAUCAGAAAAUAUGGCGAGCACAAGUAGAGACACCGGACUGACUACUGACACAAGUUCUGACGAGGAAACAAUGCAACGAUUCCUGCAGAAAUCACAAUGUGAGCGUCUGUAUGAAUUACGGAAUCUGCAACACGGAGCAAAACCUGUGUCUAGCCAAGGGCAUAAGGAGAUGAUAAAUAAAUUCUUCUCCAAGAAACAGUCUGCUCAGGAACAAGCAGCAAGUCAUGGGAAAGAAAAUGUCCCAGUAAAUGAGGACAACGUUGAAGAGCACCGACCUGAGACGAUUGUGGUGGAAAUUCAGGGACUUGUGGAACAGCAGCGUGUGUCCACAUCACUUGGAACAAACUUCCGCAGACAUCUCGAAAACAUCAUUAGAGGGAGCAUUUCAGCAGUAGCAAGAAAUCACACCCCACGUCCCAAUUCUUCAAGACAGCCGUCCUCCUCUCCAUCACCUGCACCAUCCCCUCGAGAGCAAGCAAUCCCACAACCUCCAGAGGUUCCACCUGUGGUACCAGAAGCUUCUCCAUUUGUCACCGCAGCUACAACCACCGACAGAAGCAGAAGCAAUACCAUUAGUUCAAACAACAGCUCAACCACACACAGUACCACCACCGCCUCUGAGACCGCGUCUAUUCCACAAGAUCCGGAAGUGAGGAAUCCUAUACCACAGACAUACGGGAGGCUUCUGGGCUACGACUGGGAGGACAGACAUCACGAAGACGUGGUCCAGGAGAUCAGUGAACUGGUCCACAGUCGCAUCGUCUCCUCUACCCUUGAUGGCGACUUCAGGACUCGUUUGGAAAUAAGCAUGCAGGAACGACUUGCCAGCAGUGGCUUUGAUGGCUCAAGAGUCCAAGAAUUUGUACAGAAUAUCAACCCAUCACAGCCUAUUGAACGGAAUGAUUUCUCCAACCUGGGAAUUAAUGUUAAUGCUCCAACUGACAACUGGGAUAACAUCUCUGUAACAAGUGUCAGCGCACAUGCAGUUCCUUAUACACAGUCGAGUCGAUACAUGAGCCGGGAGAUUCAGAGUUUGAAGGCACAGCUGAUGGAGAUGAAAAACAUGAUGAAGCUGAGCUUUGACCUUCAAAUGGACAUUCAGAGGUCAAUCAGACAGGAAGUUGCUGCAGCAAUGAAUGACGUAAAGCGAGCUGACGGAAAUACAGCCUUGCCUGUGGCAGCAAAGUCUAAGCCUGUUAACGAGACCCACUGUCUGAUCUGCCUGGACAAUCACUCUGACUCUGUUCUCUACCAGUGUGGACACAUGUGCGUGUGCUUCACUUGUGGACGCAACCUGAUGGAACGUGGGUCAAAAUGUCCAGUGUGCAGGGCCCCAAUCAAAGACAUUAUCAGGGCCUACAGAUGUAAUGAGGACUGAACAUGUGUUUUACCAUCUGAGUGUAGAAACAAUACCCAUGUACAAGACUUUGUAUUUACACAUUGACAAAACUGCUUACAUAUACUACAUCAGGGCCUGGAGAAUAAUUCACUGCAUUUUAUGUAAAUAUACCUCAUCAUGUACCACAUUAGGGCCCUAGAUGUUGGGAAAAUAGUGCUAUCUAUGCAAGACUGGCUGGCUCCAGCAUACAUGUACAUGUGCUGCUACUGUAGGUUUCGAAAGAUGGCUGUUAUGGCAUGGCGAAGUCGAGGAACAAUUAUCUUCCUUUUCUUGUUGUUUUAUGUACACUUGAGGAUAAAUCAAAGACUCAAACCCUAUACUGUACAUAUAUAAUGAGUAACUUGUUAUUUCUUAUUUAUGUUUACAACAUAUUUUUAUUCAGAUUGAAAAAAAAGUAAGGGGUUGUAAAACAUUGCUUCAAUUUCAUAGAAAAUUCAAUUAAAACAAUUAACUUAAUUGCUUAAACAUGUGCUAGAGAGUGUCUUUCACUAAACAGAAAAUAAUAUGGUGUUGGUACUACUAGGGGUUAAAUCAUUCCUGGUACGCAUUCUGUUGUUUUCUUGUUAAACAUGACUGUUAUCAUCAGUCAUGCUGUGUAUAUAUGUAUAUCAUUAGAAGGUGCAAUAAAAAAAUUACUAUUUUAAA